ACAGGUCAGCAAAGAGUCGGAAACGGUAGGGGUGGGUGAAGAAAUAGAAGUUCGGGGGCGGACAUCUCAAAGCUGGCAGAUAAUAGUAUUCUCACAACUCUGCUAAGCUCAUAACCCAAUCUCAUUUUCUCAGUUUCCAUUUGCUAUAAAUACGUUCUUCCCCCUCUUUUCUUCUAAUAUCUCUCCAAUUUUCCUCGGUCUCUCCGAUCACAUCUCCUUUACCAAAUGGAGUCCGCCGCUGUUCUCCGCUCCUUUCACCAUUCAGUUGGUAACACUUCCCAUAUGAGGUCAGUAAUCGAAAUUCCUGGUGUCAUUCCAAUGAAUAAUGUUGGCUUCUCCAAGCCUACUAAGUUCCCCCUUAAGGGAUCCUCAAAUGGUGCAAAGCUCGUGUCUUCUACUAACAAGCAUAGUAGUUUCAUACUGUCUUGUGCAAAGACAUCUGAAACAACUGUGACAGCAAAAUCUGAUGAUAGCCACCAAAAAGUGUCAACGGAGAAGAGUCCACUGCCAACAGCAACAUUUCCAAAGGGUUUUGAGGCUCUGAUUACUGAAGUGUGUGAUGACACAGAGGUUGCUGAGCUGAAACUUAAGAUCGGAGAUUUCGAACUGCACCUGAAGCGGGAUAUUGAAGCUCCAAUAGUGCCUGCACCUGUUGUUUCCACACCACCACCACCACCACCUAGCGCAAGUAAACCAUCUACUGCAUCAACAGCUGCUGCUCCUGCAACUUCCCCGGGAAAAUCUUCCUCAGAAAAGAUCAGCCCAUUCACAAACGUCGCUGCUGAGAAAUCAGCAAAAUUAGCUGCACUAGAGAUUACUGGAGCUAGUGGCUAUGUUCUUGUAUCAUGCCCGACGGUUGGUUCAUUCCGAAGGGCCAGGACAUUAAAGGGAAAGAAACAGCCACCUGCUUGUAAAGAGGGUGAUGUUAUCAAGGAGGGACAGAUUAUUGGCUUUUUGGAUCAGUUUGGGACAGAACUUCCUGUCAGAUCAGAUGCCGCCGGAGAAGUCUUGAAGAUCCUCUUUAAUGACGGUGAAGCUGUUGGUUACGGUGAUCCACUUAUUGCUGUCUUGCCAUCAUUUCGUGGUAUCUAACUGAAGUUGCUCACCUCUAGUAUUUGAAUUCUUGGAGAGCACUAAGGUUGCUGUUCUUUUCCUUGUAUUUUUGGUCAACUCUGUCAUUUUGGACUCUCCUAAUCCCAAUUGGAAAGCAAGUUUAGGUGGUAAUGUAAACUUCUUGUUACAGGUUAAUUCGGCUUUAGAAUAAUAAAAGAUUGUCUGAUACCAUGUGUUAAUGAAGGAUGAGUCGGUUUGCAAAUUACUGCCGAGUUUUAGGAUUGGUUGAUUAAAGCAACUCUGGAUAUUUUACCAUGGAACUCAAUAUGUUUUCUUUUUUCAUCUUACCUUAUCUAAGGUACUUCAACUUUUUACCGCU